UUAUACCUACCUGGUCGGAUAAGAAUCACUGAUGGCUCCACACCCCUAAUUCUCCCUUCUUGUUUACAUAGUAUGCUAUAUGUAUGAGGCAGAUAGAAGCUAAGAGCGCAGUCAAAGUGUAAUCGUGGAAGUGGUUUCAGAGGGCGAUAAUGGCCAUGGAAACUCCACUCCUCAAUAACCAUAAUGAUGAAGACGCGGAAAAGCCUGUGAGCUUUCCCAGGAAGUUCUGUGCCGAGUCCAAGAAGCUAUGGAAACUAGCGGGCCCGGCAAUUUUCACGGCCAUUUGUCAAUACUCCCUUGGUGCACUCACGCAGACUUUUGCUGGCUUAGUCGGCGAGACGGAGCUCGCUGCCGUCUCCGUCGAGAACUCCGUUAUCGCGGGUCUCGCCUUCGGUGUCAUGUUAGGGAUGGGGAGUGCCUUGGAGACUCUAUGUGGCCAAGCUUACGGUGCCGGAAAGAUUAGAAUGUUGGGGAUAUACAUGCAAAGAUCAUGGGUCAUUUUGUUGACUACUGCCUGCUGUUUGGUGCCCGUCUAUGUUUUUGCUCCUCCCAUUCUCGAGCUCAUUGGAGAGACUACCCAGAUUUCUGAGGCUGCGGGUCAAUUUGCUUUAUGGAUGAUCCCGCAAUUGUUCGCUUAUGCGUUGAAUUUUCCAAUACAAAAGUUCUUGCAAGCACAGAGGAAAGUGUUUGUGAUGGCCUGGAUAUCAUUAGUGGUGCUGGUGAUACAUGCAGUACUUAGCUGGUUACUGAUAUUGAAACUGGGGUAUGGCUUAGUAGGAGCAGCGGUCAUGUUGAACUUAUCGUGGUGGCUGAUUGUUAUUUCACAGCUUUUAUACAUUUUCAUCACAACAUCAGAUGGUGCUUGGAGCGGAUUCUCAAUGCUGGCAUUUGCUGAUUUGUAUGGAUUUGUCAAGCUCUCUCUGGCUUCUGCUGUUAUGUUAUGCUUGGAGUUCUGGUACUUGAUGAUACUGGUGGUGAUAACAGGUCGUCUGAAGAACCCUCUGAUACCAGUUGAUGCCAUCUCUAUCUGCAUGAACAUACAAGGAUGGGAUGCAAUGAUUGCUCUUGGAUUCAAUGCUGCCAUAAGUGUGAGAGUAUCCAAUGAACUUGGGGCUGGCAACGCUCCAUCAGCAAAAUUUGCAGUUGUAGUGGUUUCCAUCACAUCCAUGACUAUUGGAGUGCUUUGCAUGGUUGUAGUGUUUGCAACAAGAGAUGUUUUCCCCUACCUUUUCACAACAAGCACUGCAGUUGCAGACUUAACUACCAAACUUGCUACCUUGCUUGGUGUCACUGUCCUUCUGAACAGUCUUCAACCAGUUUUAUCAGGGGUUGCUGUUGGAGCUGGAUGGCAACAUAUUGUUGCAUACAUCAACAUUGGGUGCUACUAUCUCGUUGGAUUACCAGCUGGCAUACUCUUGGGAUUCAAAUUUGGUCUCGGAGCAGAGGGUAUUUGGGGAGGAAUGAUAGGAGGCAUCUGUUUGCAGACCAUAAUACUGGUGGGGAUCACUUCAUGGACAAACUGGAAUAAGGAAGCUGAAGAGGCAGAAAGUCGUGUGAAGAAAUGGGGAGGAUCUGCCGGUGAAAACUGAUUUUCAUGACAAGUUAAAAGACCGAUGCUUCUGGGCCAAACCAAUAUUGACCAGACACAAGAGUAAGUGAAGAACGCUUUAUUUCUUCGGACAAAAAACGUGAAUGGUUUCACCUAAUCGGAAGUUUUGCUCACCCAGCUUGGAUUCAAUUAGAAAGGCAGAGAGGUCGAUUUUGUUGUGGAUAAGUUUUCCAACUUCUUUUUCCUUUUUGGUAGUAGUAUUUGUAGGAGUGGUCUGGGGUGUUUAAGAGAGAGACUAAAAGGUCAAUUAGGAUUUGCAGUUUGAAUACGAGCUUCAUUUGGAUUCCAGGCGGAAAACUGAUUUCAUGACAUCUAUGUUCAAGAGUUGAGUGUAGCCUGCUGUGUCUCUCCUCCAAUUUCUAUUUUGUAAUAUGGAAUUUCCAAAUUUUACUGAUCUUCUCAGAAAAAUAAAAGGAAAAAAAUUUCACCCGUA